AUGCUGCGGCACAAAAGAGCGGCAAAAUGUCCUCUUUUGUCAAAAUUUUUAAAUCAAUGUGUCACUACAGAGGAAGGAAACUUUGUUUCCACAUCGGAGCUUUUUUCCGCCUAUGAAACGGCAGUUUCAAUUUGGACCGACGACGAUAGUGUUAACGGCCAAACAAAGUUCUUAAUGAAGAGAAGUGCUUUUAAUCGAGUACGUUCAAAAGUUGAAAAAGAAAACAUCUCAAGGCAUUGAAGGUGAAAUGAUCUAAAAUCGUUUAUUUUUAUGUCAACAGCAACUAAAAAAAGAAAUUUCCACCUUUUCAUUCUCAAACAAUGGAAAUGUCACCUACGGCGUACAAAACAACAGCAGAGGAUACUUCAAUAUUAAACUCCACCGCGCCCGUCGUAUGCUUGGCCAUGAAUUUGGAGUUGAACAGAUGUUAAGAAACAUCGCCGUAUUCAUGGCCAGGCAUCCUCCACCAGUUCCUCCAAUCGAGGUGAGUGUUUACUUGAGGCUCUUUCGUUCCUUUCCUGUUGAAUAUCGUUUCUUCUGGUUUAAUGAAAUGUUAAUAGCUGAUCAGUAUUCGCACUUUUGUUGCACAGGUGCACGACGUUCCAAGUGACCCGCGAGGCGCGGGAAAAUGCUCCUUCGCCAAAAAAGACGUAGAAAGAGGACAGGUGGUGGCAGAGUACACGGGGGAGCUUAUAUCGAUGACUGAGGCAACGAAAUGCGAGGCGGAGUACGCGAGAGUAGGAAAGACAUGUACCCUCAUGGUCAUAGAUCACCGCGGCCAAAGCUUCGCGUAAGUUAAAGGCUUAAGCGCAUUUUUGCAAAUACUUUUACUACCUCCAAGACGACGUUAUAUAAACACGUGUGACCGUUGUUUUGACUUGACUUGUCGCCUUUUGAUUUCUUUGAACUAUCUUUCUGUUUCAACUUACUCGCGAGAACCAACAGUUACCCAGUAUGUUAUGAAUAUAUUAUGUGGGAUAUUCUUAAUGUUUGUGUUAAGUUGUACACACUAAAACGUUAUUUAUUAUUUACUUUCAGAAUUGAUCCUUACUAUGGUGAUAUUCAUGCCGAGCUAAACUUGGCGGCAACUAUCAACCAUUCAAGGCAAAACGCAAAUUUAAAGCCCUAUGUUGAUGAUACAUCGUCGCGAGCAAGAGUGUUUUUCGUUGCUUUGCAUGAUAUUCCACAAUCUGUGGAAUUCCUCUGGAAUUACUGCGACGCAGAUUGGGAAUAUCAUACCAACAGUCAAACUCUUCCACACUAG